AUGAUACCAUUUACCAAGAUCAAUCUCGAACUACUACUACUACCCUUACUGAUCAUCCCCAUUACGCUCUUUUUGCUAGUACUAAACGUUCAAGUCAACACUGUUCAUAGACGUUACAAGGAGUACCGACUAAAGCUGGCCAGAUGCCCCCAGCAAUCCACGGGUUUAUUUGGAUGGUGGUUAAUCUACGCGGUGGUUCGAUGUAACCGUGAUCGCUUCUACAGUGCCAAAGUUGUUGACUAUUUCACCAAACUACGCACCUUCAUCGUCUCGCUAGGAGGAGAACUGGUCAUCUACACGUCCGAGUCCGAAAACAUCAAGGCCCUCUUAGCCACGCAAUUCUCCGAUUACGAUCUCGGAAAGACCCGACAUGCUUUACUCUUCACCCUCAUGGGAGAUGGAAUCUUCACUUUGGACGGCCAAGGCUGGGCACACUCGAGAGCUCUACUGCGACCUCAGUUUUCAAAGGAAACGGUCAGCCCCUUGUCUUCCCUUGAAACAUCUCUACAACAACUGAUGGCAAUUGUCAAGCGAAGAGUGGCUCUCAAGGGAGAAGUCGAUAUUCAGGAACUGUUCUUCAUGCUAACAAUGGACACAGCCACUAAUUUACUGUACGGAGAGUCAGUAGACUCCCUCGGAGAUUGUCUCAAAGAGACCAAGAAGGAGACACACGUUAUGACGGACGGCAAGCGUAACCUUCUCCAAUCUCGUGACCACCACUCCAACGUUCCGAACGAAUGGGAGCCCAUCUAUGGAACAUAUGAGAAGAAAGGACUGGGAAUCGGCUCAGAGAACAGCCUCCAGUCAGGUGUUUCUCCACGCGACUCGCCUGUCUUUGAGGUCUCUGUGUCUGAAGAUAUUCGAAAGGCCUACCCAGCUGCUCUGACCACGGCCCUCGAGUUCUCGGCAAUGCGUUCCAAGCUUCAGAGGUUCUAUUGGAUCUGGGGAGAUGUUCUUUACCGACAAAAAUUCCACUCGGCUGUCAACACAGUCCAUGCCUUUUCCAACCAUUUUGUCAACCAAGCCUUGAAACUGACACCCCAAGAGCUCCAGAUGAAGAGUGCAGAGAAGUACACCUUCCUUUACGAGCUUGCUCAGCGUACUCGUGAUCCAGUGGCUAUUCGAGACCAGCUUAUCAACAUUCUCAUUGCUGGACGAGACACUACAGCGGCGCUCUUGUCCUUCGUGUUCCUGUGUCUGGUAGCCAAUCCCGAGAAGCUAGCUAAACUGAGAGAAGGCAUUAUGACUGACUUUGGGACCAGCACAGACUCCAUAACCUUUGAAUCUCUCAAGCGGUGUGUCUACCUUCGUUAUGUCAUCAACGAGGCUCUUCGUCUGUGUCCUCCUGUUCCCAUAAACAUGAGACAGGCGAACAAGGACACAACACUGCCUACUGGAGGUGGUAAGAACCAUGACGAACCCAUAUUUGUGGCCAAGAACCAGAUUGUCACGUACUCUGUGCUAUUCAUGCACCACAACCAGAAUAUUUGGGGACCUGAUGCCUCCGAGUUCCGUCCUGAACGGUGGGGGGAACCUGCAUGUCCCAAAGGAUGGGAGUAUUUGCCCUUCAAUGGCGGUCCACGAAUCUGUCUUGGCCAGCAGUAUGCUUUGACUGAGGCUGCAUAUGUCAUUGUUCGGUUGGUUCAGGAGUUUACGGAGAUCGAAUGGCGAGACAGGAAGGGUCUACCAGUGCUGUUCAAGACCCAUAUCACCAUGAGUCUGGGAGAAGGUCUGAGGGUUCAUAUGAAAUAG